AAUCUGUUAGAUGGAUUAUGAAUUAUUUAUCUUCUUGCUAAUAAUUUUCCAAUUUCGUAAUAUAAGUGGUGUUUUUUGACGUUGCAGAAGGGAGGCAGGCAGAAGCUGCUCGCAUCCUAGAGAAGUAUCCUGAUAGAAUACCAGUAUGAAUGUUCAUCAGACUGAGAAGAGUGAUGUGCCUGACAUUGAUAAGAAAAAGUAUCUGGUACCUGCUGACCUAACUGUUGGACAAUUUGUUUAUGUUGUCCGGAAGAGGAUUAAGCUCAGUCCUGAGAAGGCCAUCUUCAUUUUUGUCAAGAACAUUUUGCCACCCACUGCUGCUAUGAUGUCCACUAUUUAUGAAGAAAACAAGGAUGAAGACGGUUUCUUAUACAUGACAUACAGUGGCGAAAGCACAUUCGGUAUCCUCUCAAGCACAUGAUCAGGGGAUGUCCAUGUUAAUAUGACUAAUGUCAGAAGUAAAUUUAUUUUUAUUAUUUAAAUUAGCCAUUGUCCUGUUAGCAUGAUAUCGCCCUAUUAGUUUAGUUUUCCCAUACAAAAUAAAAUGUCCAUCUUCUCAAGCUUUUAUUCGCUUAUUUACAUGUACUAUACAGUCCUUAUGAUGUGAAUGAGUCUAUGUUGCUUUGAUGCUCUGCAUUUGAUAGAUACAUGAUGUGAAUGAGUUGUGAUUUCAGAUGGAACCCACCCAAAAACCAAAAUAGCGGCAAUAGCAGUAGGGAGAGAGUGAAAGGAAAAAUGUGUUAGAAGACUUUGCUUUGAUACAUGUGGGAAACAGAGGGAAAAUCUGUGAAUAAAGAUUCUUUCUUUCU